ACCGCAGCGCUGAGGGCAGCCAGGGAGUGGGGCGCUUGCAGAAAGUGGAGCAGGCUGCACCAGGGUUGCCAGAGCAAGAGCUGCGUGGAGCAAAGCACCAUGGCUCAGCCCAAGGGCACGGUGGUCCUCGCCUACAGCGGCGGCCUCGACACCUCCUGCAUCCUGGUGUGGCUGAAGGAGCAGGGCUACGACGUUGUCGCCUACCUGGCCAACAUCGGGCAGAAAGAAGAUUUUGAGGCAGCACGAAAGAAAGCGCUGGCACUGGGGGCCAAGAAGGUUUACAUUGAGGACAUCAGCAAGGAGUUCGUGGAGGAAUUCAUCUGGCCGGCCGUGCAGGCCAACGCUCUCUACGAGGACCGGUACCUGCUGGGCACAGCACUGGCACGGCCCUGCAUCGCCCGCAAGCUGGUGGAGAUCGCCCAGCGGGAAGGAGCCCAGUAUGUCGCCCACGGGGCCACCGGCAAGGGCAAUGACCAGGUUCGGUUUGAGCUCACCUGCUACGCUCUGUGUCCUAAGAUCAAGGUCGUCGCACCGUGGAGGCUGCCCGAGUUUUACCAGCGCUUCCCCGGGCGCUGCGAGCUGAUGGACUAUGCCAAGAAACACGGGAUCCCGGUGCCCGUGACGCCCCAGACGCCCUGGAGCAUGGAUGAAAACCUCAUGCACAUCAGCUACGAAGCCGGGAUCCUGGAGAACCCCAAGAAUCAGGCCCCUCCUGGGCUCUACACGAAGACCCGCGAUCCGGCCACUUCUCCCGACACCCCGGACGUGCUGGAGAUCGAGUUUGAGCGGGGUGUCCCCGUGAAGGUCACCAACGCCGGGGACGGAGCCACUCGUCGCUCGGCCCUGGAGCUCUUCGUGUACCUGAACGACAUCGCGGGCAAGCACGGCGUCGGGCGCAUUGACAUCGUGGAGAACCGCUUCGUCGGGAUGAAGUCUAGAGGUAUCUAUGAGACCCCAGCGGGAACGAUCCUAUACCAUGCGCAUUUAGAUAUCGAGGCCUUCACCAUGGACCGGGAAGUACGGAAAAUCAAGCAGGGGCUUGCCUUGAAAUUCUCCGAGCUGGUGUACAACGGCUUCUGGCACAGCCCCGAGUGCGAAUUCCUCCGGGAGUGCAUCGGGCGCUCGCAGGAGGGGGUGGUGGGCACCGUGCGCCUCUCCGUCUUCAAGGGCCAGGUCUACGUCCUGGGCAGGGAGUCCCCGCGGUCACUGUACAACGAGGAGCUGGUCAGCAUGAACGUGCAAGGGGACUACGAGCCCGCCGACGCCACCGGCUUCAUCAACAUCAACUCGCUGAGGCUGAAGGAAUAUCAUCGUCUCCAGAGCAAGGUCACCGUAAAGCAGGAUGAAUAGCAAUCAAUCGCACGCGAGCCUCCUGCUCCCCUUUCUAAUUUCUCUAAGAACUAGCACUAAUUGUGGUGGUAAUUUGUAAUUGUAACUCGUCUCCCCAGAGUCACGGCGGAGGUGAUGGCUUUGUUACGGCCGGCA